AUGGUUGCCAACAACAAUGCAGCCGAUCCAAUAAUCGCCACAGAAGUCAAAACUCAGAAACAUAUCUCAUUCUGGCGUCUGCUUACCGACCAAUCAAUCAUCACUGAAGAGGUGCUUCAUCACCACUAUGAAGGAUCAGGGACUGACAACGACCCUUAUGUUGUCACAUGGCUGGCGAACGAUCCUCGGAAUCCCAUGCAGUUUAGCCUGACGAGAAAAGCCAUUAUUACAUUCAACACAGCAAUUGCAACAUUUGUUAUAUCGCUGUCUUCUUCCGCUUAUAGUGGUAGCAUUGAAGGCAUCAUCGAUCAUUUUCAUAUCGAAAGAGAGGUCGGCACUGUCGGUCUAUCCCUCUUUGUUUUCGGAUUCGCUGUUGGACCACUGCUAUGGGCACCUCUAAGUGAAACUAUUGGCCGACAAAUCCCGUUCUUCAUUUCGUUCCUCGCUCUUUCCUUGUUCUCUGCAGGGUGCGCGUGUGCUCAGAAUAUCCAAACCCUGUUGAUUCUUCGGUUUUUCGGAGGAGCUUUUGGCUCUGCUCCUCUCACGAAUGCUGGCGGCGUGAUUUCAGAUAUGUUUAUGGCUAGACAACGUGGCUUGGCAAUGCUGCUAUUUGCAUCGACUCCUUAUCUAGGACCCGCUCUAGGGCCCAUUAUAGGUGGAUUUCUCGGAAUGAAUGCAGGCUGGAGAUGGGUCGAGGGGUUCCUUGCUGUUAUAGCCGGCAUAGCUUGGAUCUGCAUGGCCUUUUGCGUUCCUGAAACCUAUGCACCGGUCCUUCUCCGAAAGCGUGCGGCCCAGUUGUCCAAACUGACGGGGAAAUGCUAUCAAAGCAAACUGGAUAUUGAAAGAGGGAAUAUUUCGGUGACGAAUCGACUGAAAACAGCCUUCUCUAUGCCCUGGGUGCUUCUUCUCCGUGAACCCAUUGUGCUUCUUCUCACCUUCUACGCUGCCCUGAUCUAUGGUGUACUCUACAUGCUUUUCGAAGCACUUCCAAUCGUCUACCAAGAGGACAGAGGAUGGAACGCGGGUGUUGGAGGCCUUCCAUUCCUUGGUGUCAUGGUUGGAGUCUUGUGUGGCGUUGUCUACACCAUGUGGGAUAACAAAAGAUUCAUACGAGCACAAGUGAAACACGAUGGAUUUGCUCCGCCGGAGGCUCGUCUGCCCCCUUGCAUGGCUUCUGCCGUGACUAUCCCGAUUGGUCUUUUCUGGUUCGCAUGGACAAAUUCGCCGUCUAUCCACUGGAUGUGUAGUAUCGCAGCGCUCGUUCCGUUCGGCUUUGGGCUGCUGCUAAUCUACAUGGGGAUCGUCAAUUACCUCAUUGACUCGUACACCAUCUACUCGGCUUCGGUACUGGCAGGAAUGUCGGUCCUCCGGUAUACUUUCGGAGCCGUAUUUCCAUUGUUCAGCUCGUAUAUGUACCACGGUCUGGGCAUACAUUGGGCUUCAUCUAUUCCGGCAUUUUUGUCGGUAUUUUGCAUGCCUCUUCCCUUUCUGUUUUACAAAUAUGGUGCGCAGAUCCGAACGAGAUGCAAGUAUGCCGCCCUGUCGCAAAAACGUCUCGAUGCAAUACAGCAAAUAGCUGCGGCAGAAAAAGGAGUGGCAUAA